AUGCUCAACUUCUAUCAAUCUAUACCAAAGUCAAAGCUCAAGAAAUACCCAAAGAAUGAGCACUUUGAGCUUCCAUUUCGGAUGUGCAUUGCUAGCCCAUCUGGUAGCGGAAAGAGUAACACUGUACUAUAUAUCAUCGCGUUGUUGAGCAAAUGCUUCACGAAGAUCGUCAUCUGUACGAAGACAAAUGAGACACUAUAUGAUCAUCUCAAGGACACCAUAGACAACGUAGAGGUGAUCGAAGAAGGUAUGGUUCCAGCAAUGGGCGAGUAUGACUCCGAGACAAGCAAACUCGUUAUAUUCGAUGACUUGGUUCUAGAGCCAAAGAAGACUCAAGCUCAAAUCGGUCAAUACUUCAUCAGAAGCCGAAAAAAGAAAGGAGUAUGA